CGCAAACCACGAGCGAUCCUCGUCUCGCGUUUUCCGAUUUUCGCCUAAAAAAAUAAACAAAAAGAAAUAAAAUAAAAGUGAAGUAAAAAAGAUAGGCAAGUCUCCGCAGAAUAAUAAAAAAAAAGGAACAUGACGUCGGUGUCGAGGUACUCGGCGGAAUUUCAGGAAUUAGAGACUCCAACUAUGUGAAUAAGAUAAUUGUACCGAGGAAGUGCAAUUGCGAUUUUCGCAUAAAAAAAUAAAAAUAAAAUAAAAGUGAAGUAAAAAAGAUAGACAAGUCUCCGCAGAAUAAUAAAAAAAAAGGAACAUGACGUCGGUGUCGAGGUACUCGGCGGAAUUUCAGGAAUUAGAGCCUCCAACUAUGUGAAUAAGAUAAUUGUACCGAGGAAGUGCAAUUGCGAACCGAGUGGGAGAUAGAAAAGAGAGGAGAGGAGAGAAAUUCGUAGAUAGGGUAACUAGAGGAAUCAUGUGGAACCCUAAGGUGUGCGUAAGGAUCGUCGAGGUGUUAUUGUGUCUCUCGUGUGUGGUGGCCCUCAGGGUGACGGACGACGAGAGCUGGUGGGUCAUACGAUACAAUCGAAGUCGCAGCCAGGAGUGGUCCAUCCUCGACAACGUCACCUGGGGAGCCAUAGGUGCAGCGUUAGCCACGGCGACCUGCGCAGGAUACUUUAUCGUCACUUUCGGCCUCCUUUUGGCUGCUGCGACCGGAGAGUUGUCCGGUCGGAAGACCGAAUGCUUCUUCCUGGUCCUGGGAGUGAUCCUCUUCGCGAUUGUCGGCGGUCUCGCUUUGUCGGCCAUUGAUAAGGUUCCCUCGGAUCUUGUCGAUAACGCUGCCGUUUUGGGGGCUCUCUGUCUGGUGACUGCUCUGGUUUUCAUCGGCGACAUGCUGAUCAGCCCCCCGAAGAGGAAGAAGAUCCACGACGGGACUCAGACUUCCUUCGAGAAGGACGCAGAGAAAUCGUCCACCGUGAUGGUUUCCCUGGAGAAGGAGCCGAAAAACAAACCCGCAAACGCCCGGAUGAGUUCUGAGAGCGGAAACGUGAACGGAGGAUUCGAAAAACUGGAGGACAGGUCGCAGGUGAGAUUCAAGAGUCCACGUGAGCAAGACUCGACGGGCUCUCCGCGCCCAGAAAGGAUCUCGAGGAGGAUCUCGGAUCCUGAAGAGGAGAGGAACCGAAAUUUCGACCGCGUGGAGAGACAGCUGAGGGAAUACACCCAGAAUUCCGAAAACGGUCGAGUCCUGAGGGACUCGCAGAGGAUUCGGGAGGCCGAGGAGAUCCUGCAGCGCGCCAGGAGGAGCGAGGCGGGAUAUCACCUCGAGGACAUCUACAGGAGGCCCGUAGACGAGGUCGACACUCCACCUUUUCCGAGCCUCGAAAAGGACGAGGUGGUAUUUCCGAAAAUCGUUAACCCGGGAGUGAAAAUCAUGCGCGUAGAGAGGGACGACGACUACAGAUACUCCGACUCGAGUCAGUACGAUAACGUGCCGACGAGGAUGCGAGGACAGUCCCAGGGGAUCCUGAAGAAGAGGGACGUGUCCUUCAGCGUCCCUCCGCCCCCGAAAGGAUACGGCGACAGGACGAAAGACGAGAUCGAGAUGCUGGAGGAGUGCUUUGGCGCUAUCAGGACCACGACGGGCACGCAGAUCGGAAAUCGGGACGGAAGGACUCCUUCGACCCCGAUCGAUCCAGGAUACGUUCGCCAUACUGCCAGCAACUGGCCCCAGGACAUGAAACCAAAAACUCCCGGUUCCAGUCCUGACCACUCGAGAAUCCACUGAGAGGUCCUUCUUACCCUCCCAUA